AUGCCUGAGUCCAGGAUAUCCUCAUGUGUCGGGUGCAGGCUCAGGAGAAGAAAGUGUGAUCAGAAAAGACCAAUCUGUACGGCUUGUGAUGAGUUAAAGAUCCCUGUUGAGCUGUGUGUUUACAGGAAAAUGAGUUUGGUAUCCAAGGAUUCCAAAACGACUUUAAGCAAAUUGAGAGUGAGGAAUGAUGAAUUAAAGAUUGAAUUGGCCAAAUGUCAAGCUCGAAAUGGUGAUGGUGUUGAUGUUGACCUAGAGAGAAACCCUUUGUUUCGUACGGUACGUGAAUCAAACUCCAGCCUUACGCAUUUCGGAUCAACUUCAUGGGCUGCACUGAUAGAUACGGAACCUGUGCUAAAAGCAAUAGUGUCACAGAUGCACUUGCUGAUGAAGCAUCAGAGAGAUGAAUAUGACUCGAGGAAAAAAUCCCAUCAUGACAAGGAAAUGAACAUGAGGCCAGUCAUGAAAGGAAGAACUUUAUUAUCACAAAUGGGACUUGAAAGGGAAGAUCAUUUGGAUUUCAUCAAAGAAAUGUUACAACAAGUUGAAGAUUUAUUACCGAGUGGUGAAAUGAUUGUUCAUUUUCUGGACAUGUACAAGAAUUAUAAUGCUAUGAAGGCAUUAGGAACUUUUUUGGUGGAUUUUGAUUCAUUGAACCAAGCAGUUUUGGAAUUCAUCAAUGUUGAUUUGAAUGGGAAGGCAACAUUUAAUAUUCAACUUCCAAGAGAUUUGGACAAAAUGUCGCAUGUUUUGUUGUUUUUAUCAAGUUUAAGCUUUAUGAUUUUCCUCAAGAAUCAAGUCACAGUGAAUAAUGAAGGUACGACUGAUGUCAACUAUCUUGUGUUUUUGGAAUUUGUUGAUGCAUUAUUCACCCUACUACAUAACUAUUUAGCUGCCAAUGGUGCUUUGAGAUUGUUGUACACCGUUGAAACUUUCCAAGCCUUAUUCAUCUCGGGGACUUUUCAAAAUUAUGUUCCUCAUGGGAAUAUGAUUGAUGAUUCAGAAGGUGCUAAAACUGCAGUAUACAUGAGAAAAAUGGUUUCAUUAGGGAAACUGUUAAAUUUGAAUAAAAAUAUUGAUGUUUAUUAUGCCCACAAGAGUCCCCAAAUGAGAAAAAGUUUGAAAAGUUUAUGGUAUGCUGUUUCUUCUUAUGAUUCCUUGGAAUCGUUGGAGAUUGGUAUCCCACCAAAGAUUAAAGUAUCAUUUUUGAGGUAUGAUGACUUUACUUCGCCAUUUACCGAGACUUCAAUUACUAUGAAUCAAGUCUUGAAAUUAUAUUAUGAAAUUGAACUAAUGAAGGAUACAAACCAAUUAAUUGAUAUCAUUGAGAAUCAAAUAAUUAAAACGCUAAAAGAUUUGUUAAGAAAUCAUUUUGCCACAUUGGAAGAAGAUGUUAAAGUUUUCCAAAACUAUGAUUUUAGCCAUGAUUCUUCAUCUCAUGAUUUUUUCACAAGGGGUCAAAGUUUCUCAACAAGGUGUUUAAUAUACUCCACCAUUCAAACUUUUUAUCACAUUUGUUAUCAUAGAUUGAAAAUUGUUCAUGAGAUAGACUCACAAAGAUUUAAAAGAAUAACAGUACUGACUUGGAAAUAUACCUUGUUGGUUCCAUUUGUUAUGAAGGAGUUAUUCAAAGGUUAUAACAGGUUAGUUAGACAUGAGAACAGUGAUGCCUUUUUCCCAGUUGCUUCACUAUUAAUGUCGGUGUUCCCUUACAUGAGAUUAGCUCAAAGACGGAUAGCUAUUUUUGCAAGUGCAAGAUUUAUGGAAACGUUCAAUUAUGAUCAAGUGUCAAAAACUGCAAAAAUUUUCUUUUAUCAAUCAGAUAAUAGAGAAAAUGAAAUUUAUGAAAUGCUUGAUGAUCAAAGCUUAUAUCAAAAAGAGUAUAAUCUUUCAGAUUAUAGCAAUCUAGAGAUUGAUGACAACCCAAACGAACUACAUUCCAAAUUUGAAGAAUUGAGUGAUAAUAAACACAUCAUUGUGAUAUUGGCAAAAACAAUGAAAAGUUCAAUUCAACUAUUGUCAAAUGAUCGUUAUAAUUUCAAUUUUGUCACAUAUAAUUACAUUUUCUUCUUUCUUUUGAAAAUGUCCAAUUUUUUCUUGAACCAAGCCUUCCCAAACACAAACUUUAUAUCAAGAUCAAAUAAAUCCACACCUUCAAGUUCCACCCAUACAGAGUUUGAUUUUAAUGAAUUAUUUGAAAAAGCUAUAGACACCAGAUCUCAAAAGUUUGAUUACAACAAUUUCUUUACAAAUUCAUACUCAUCAACUUUCCAUCCUGGGGAUAAUAAUAAUCAAAAUCAUACACGUAACGGUAUGUUGGAUGAUUUCUUUGCAAGCCUAGAUAUACCUGGAUCGUCAAACGUACCUACAGAUUCCAAUACUUGGUUUAAACACGAAUAA